AUGAAUUCCUCACGGCAACUUGCGCAGUCCGCGGUGCAGGCCGGCUCCUCGCCAUGGGCUUGCCUUUUCUGCCAGAAUGCGCGCCAGCAGACCCGACGCCUCGACACGUCCGUCUUCCGACGCAAGCUGUCCGGCACGACAGCUCGACGAGCGCAGCCCCAGGAGCACCCGAACAACCCGAACGCGCUGACGAUGAAAAAGGUGCACGAGCACUAUAAGCGAAAGAACAGAACCGUCAUGAACUACACAAUCAGCGCGAUUCUGGGCACGGUAGCACUGUCGUAUGGCUCUGUACCCAUGUACAAGAUGAUCUGCCAGCAGACCGGCUGGGGCGGGCAGCCGAUCCGCGUCCACGGCGGCCCCGGCGGCGAGCAGCAGGACAUUUCGAGCCGCGUCGUGCCCGUCACGACGGCCAAGCGCAUCCGCGUCACGUUCAACGCCUCCGUCUCGGACGUGCUGCCGUGGAAGUUUACGCCGCAGCAGCGCGAGGUGCGCGUCCUGCCCGGCGAGACGGCGCUGGCCUUUUACACGGCCACCAACAGGGGCGACAAGGACAUCAUCGGCGUCGCCACCUACAGCGUGACGCCGGCGCAGUGCGCGCCGUACUUUAGCAAGAUCCAGUGCUUCUGCUUCGAGGAGCAGCGGCUGAAUGCCGGCGAGACGGUCGACAUGCCCGUAUUUUUCUACCUGGACCCGGACCUGCUGAAUGAUCUCAACAUGAAGGGCGUCGAGACGGUGACGCUCAAUUAUACUUUUUUCAAGGCCCGCUACGACGACAAUGGCAGGUUUACACCUCCUGCUUCGCUGUAA